CUUCGGCUUCAUCUCCAUCAAAAAAGUCCCACCACCCCUUCCUAGGAGAGGCCAUGGAACCUAACCAGGAGACCACCCCAUAUAAUGGUCUCAGCCCAGAAGAGUACUCAGAGCUAGAGCCCCUCAUUCAUACAUACCACACUUUUGAGAGCUCCUCCAACAUGUGCACUUCCUUGAUUACCCAACGUAUUGAUGCCCCCCUCAGUGUAGUAUGGCCUCUGGUGAGGCAAUUUGAUAACCCUCAAAGGUACAAACACUUCAUCAAGAGCUGCAAUAUCAAGAAAGGUGAUGGAGGAGUUGGGAGCAUCAGAGAGGUCACUGUGAUCUCAGGACUUCCGGCGUCGACGAGCACGGAGAAACUAGAGAUUCUAGACGAUGAGAAGCACAUAUUGAGCUUUAGUUUGGUGGGUGGUGAGCAUAGGCUGAAGAGUUAUAGAUCAGUUACUUCAGUUAAUGAGUUUCACAAGGGUGGAAAGGUUUAUACUAUUGUUUUGGAGUCUUAUGUUGUUGAAAUUCCUCAAGGGAAUACAGGAGAGGAUACCAAAAUGUUUGUGGAUACUGUGGUCAAGUUGAACCUGCAAAAGCUUGCCAUUGUUGCUACAUCUUCUUUGCAUGGAGGCCAUGAUACUUCCAGAUGAGAGCAGUUUUGGACCCAAAUCACUGGCAGCAAAAGGGAAAUAUUGGGUGGGUUUUUGUUUUUGGUUUUGAAAUCUUUCUUAUUAGUGGUUAUAGUUUUAGAAUUAGGUGAAGAAAGCAGCUUUGAUUUAUUGGGGGUUUUCAGUACAAGUUGUUUUAGUAGUUUGAAUAAAUGCUUUUCCUUAGUUACAAUCUAUUCAAGUAUU